GCACAUACCUUUCACGAUCUACUUAUAUAUUCAAAUUCACCUGAACCACGAUCACUCUCUCUCAGCUAAAGGCAAACGUUACACCAUCAUCUUAUACAAUGCCUUCACAGCUCCCUCCCGGUCCCUCCGGUACUCCUAGACCACCUAUAACGUAUAACCGCUGUUCCGCUACUGCACGCAAUGCAAAUGCGACCAGGAACGUAGUUAAAAACGAAGCCAAGCGUGAAGAGUUCCUCGACAGGAUCGGUCGCGGCGCCUACGGCGGUAACGACUUGUACAAGAACGCGGCGCGACGAGCCACCAAGAUCAAUUACGGUUCACAAAAUGCUGCACGGCAGAGCAAAACGGGGGCACAGACCAUAUCUUCUUUGAGAUCUGGGAAGAGCGCGGAGAAGUCAGAAAUUCCACGUCACGCAGGAACUCACUACGCCAGCGACGAAGAGGAGGAGGAGGAGGACAUUGUAGAAGCUAUUGCGCGCUCUCUGAGCAAGACAAUUAAAGAUCCUGACGUUGUGCGCCCCCUCUCCUCGUUACACGACGACUCCGACAUCGCCGAAGCGAAGAUCAUGUCGCUAUUGGCAACUUUUGAGCCAGCGAAGUCUACUGCCAGGGCUAGCUCAUACAGGUCUACCGGCAGCGACUCUACGUCUGGUUCGACUCCGCCACACACGCCACUCUUUGCUCUCCUCAACCACAUCAGAUCAACUGCGAAGAACAUACAAGAGUUCGAUACCGACGAGCUGGCCACACGUGCUCCUGAGUUGACGUCCGUCAUGAAGAACUGGCAGAACACGGUAGCCAAAGUUCUCUACGCGACCGAGGCCGCCGAGUUCAAGCGAUUCCAGGACAUCCAAGACCAUCUAGAUCACGACCAAGCCCUGGAAGAGAAGUGUCGAAAGAAGUUGAACACGUUCGGGAAGCGAUGUGAAGCUCAGGUGCUCCAGAUGAAGCAGGACCAUCAAGAGGAGUUGAUGAAGCAAAAGGAGAUGUAUAAGGUCUACAACUUACAACAUAUGGCGGGGCCGCCUGCACCUCGAGCUCCAGCUCUGAUCCCAGCGGCGUUCGUCUUUACUGCUGGCGGUCGAGGCUUUCCCGAGCAGCAGCGGAUGGCCUCGUCCUUGCGGUCGCACCCGGGUCCUCCGUCCGAUGGGGGACCGGGUUGGGCUCGCAAGAGGGCUAGACGAUCGUAAGGACGGGGUUGAAUCAUGUGGCGUGGCGUGGCAUGUACAGAUCUGCUGGCGGAUUUGGAUAGUAACGAUUAUACCUAGUUGCCGGUGACAGUAGCUUCAAAUACAACACAUACGAGUAUUUCAACAUACCCUGCGACAUACUGUGACCGUUAUGCGAUUCAACGGUGAGGC